AUGUCGACAUUGGCGUUGUCACCAAGUAACAAGCUUAAGCGCUCGAUUCCUAAUUCACCAAGUAAAGAGAAUGAGGAUAUAUCAGAAGUCAAACACGAAAAGCAUGAAAAACGUUAUGUAAGUGGACCAACGUCAGCAACUGAGUCAUUGCUUUCGCCUUCAAAGAGACAAUUGCUCAAACAAAUGAGCCCAAAUGUUUCAAAAAAGUCUAAACCAUCGUCGGAAUCAAUAGUCAAACCGCCACAUUAUGUUACUGAAUCCAAGUUCCAAAGACCGCAGUUACCUCCCUCACUCAAGCCUAAAUUGGAGCAGAGAUCGAAAACAUCAUUGACAUUACCAUCAACUAACUUGCCACCUUCAUUUGGCUUACGUCGCUCCAACUCAUUACUCAAUAGAUCAAACAGCUCCUUAUCUGAACAAUCUUCUAUAAACCUACCCGACCGAUUCAUUCCAUCGCGACAUAACUCCGUAAGCGGAAAACUUGACUCAUCUACUGUAUCGCCAGCACCAAAUGCAUCUCCAGAAACACAUAUAAAAGCACAAACUUCAAAAAUAUAUCAGCAUCAUGUGGCUGAAGCAUGUGGGCUAGAGGUUAACUCGAGAAUUUUACUAUACCAGCCACCACCACCAGAGAGGAAGAAACCUGUCAAUCUUGCAACUCAGUUGACUCAGACAAAUAAGCUUAAAAUUGGGAAGCACUCACUUCCACCAUCAAUUGCUUCAGCAAGAGCGAAAAAGAUCCCUUCUUCUCCAGAGAGGGUUUUGGACGCACCCGGAUUAGUUGAUGAUUUUUAUCUCAAUUUACUAGCAUGGUCACUGUAUAACCUUUUGGCGAUAGGACUUGAAGAUGCUGUUUAUGUUUGGAACGCCUCAACUGGAUCAGUUGGACUUUUAUGUGAGCUUCCUGAUAAAGCUCUAGUUUCCUCUGUGAAAUGGUCCCAAGAUGGAUCAUAUGUCUCAAUUGGAAAGGACGAUGGGCUUAUUGAAAUUUGGGAUAUUGAAAAGAAUGUAAAGUUGCGGACGCUAAAUUGUGACAAUCAUUUGACAAGAGUUGCAUCACAGGCAUGGAACCAGCAUGUAUUGACCAGCGGGAGCAGAAUAGGUAACUUGUACCAUUCAGAUGUGAGAGUAGCAUCCCAUCUAAGUGCAAAAGCUGAAAACUGUCACGACUCAGAAAUUUGUGGCAUCGAAUAUAAACAUGAUGGAAAGCAAUUCGUCACUGGUGGAAAUGAUAAUGUUGUCAACAUCUGGGAUGUCAGAAACACUACUCCAUUAUUUACCAAAACCAAUCACAAAGCAGCGGUCAAGGCGUUGUCAUGGUGCCCUUAUCAUCCAUCAUUGUUGGCUACAGGAGGUGGUUCCAACGACAAAACAAUAAAUUUUUGGAAUACUACAACAGGAGCUAGAGUAAACACAAUCGAAACGGGAUCGCAGGUGAGUUCAUUGAACUGGGGCUAUGCACAUGGUACAGGAAUGGAGAUUGUCGCCACGCAUGGGUUUCCAACAAAUAGCAUCUCCUUGUUCAAUUACCCUACGUUGCAAAAGACUGGGGAAAUUGUCAAUGCGCAUGACACUAGGAUCUUGAAUGGUUGUUUGAGCCCGGAUAAUCUUACACUCGCGACAGUUGCGGGUGAUGAGAAUCUAAAGUUUUGGUCUUUGUUUGAUAUGAACAAAUCGGCAAAGAGAUUAUAUGAUGAUGAAUUAAAUGAUUCUAAAGACGAACCAAAAAUGAAAAAGAUGAUGAACCUUCGUUAG